AUGUUUUUGAUAAGCAGCCACUACCAUUCGAAGUAUGACUUUGAUAUAAUCUCCCAAACAAUUACAGCUAUUUUGCCGAAGCGUCAAUGAGAGGUUCAUGUUCUGGCCUUUACUCAGAGAUUGAAUGCUGAAAUAAACUUUACAUUAUUUCUGUUCAGUGUUAGUGCAUCAGCUCUUGCUACAUGUGUUUAAGUUGCCGGUGGAACCAUCGCCGCUAAUAUCGUGCUGUUACGAAGAGAAAUUUACUUUUAGAAGAAAAGCCACUUCGUCUUCCAGAAGAAAGGUUAGAUAACUUUUCAUUACUGAGUAUCAAUAUCCAAAAUAAAGUGAAGGCAUUAAGCACAAUUUUUGGCUGUGCAGCGCGAAUCGGCGCGCUUCAGUGCAGCCCAUGUCCCACUGGGCACUGUCAGAAAAGAACACACCUCAUCCCGUUUAUUGGUGUAGCUGUCGCAAGCACCUUUUUCUUUCGGUGCAACAUAUUACUUUCUGCAAACACUGGAAGAUAUAGAAAAACUUGCUAUUGAGGUGCUGAGAAUAACACCAUUGAAAACCAAACCCAAUCAACUUUCAUUAAGAGAAAAUAAAGCUCCUUUUACUUUCUCUUGUUUUCAUUAUUAACCUGACUUAUAAUAUUUGACUUCAUUGCAAAUUCUUGAAAACAAGGCCCAAGAAAAAAGCUAGGUACAGACGGAAUUGGCUGUUGAUGCAUUGCGAAAUUACGUGGUAAUGAAACCAUUAUGUUGGCGGAAUGUCUGAGGAGUGUUAUUGUAAUAACGAUUGAGCGAAAAAGGUCAUUUUGGGUGUUGAUGUUGUAUUUCAAAUAACAGAAUUGUAUGUUUAUCAAGUUGUUUUUAAUGAUACGGUUACAAUUUUUUCUCACACCAGAAAUCGUUACUGAACUUUUUCAAUGAGCAUCAUUUGCUCCCAAUCCUACGACCUAAUAUCGUCGGGAAUGUAAGAUUACAUUAGUAUCGAUUUCGAAACUACUAUUCCGGAAACGUUUUAGCAAAAUGUUGUUCAUCGUGGUUUUAUAGAUAAAGGAACGUUUAAUCGUUUGUCUCACAAUGUAAGAGUCAGUUUAAUCAAUCGUGUAUUGAUCAAAACGUUGGACAGUUAUACUGCUAGCCUUCGUCAAGCGCCGAGGUCGAAAGUCUACGUGUCACUAUUUAUAGCAGCUUGGUUUGUUGUCGUUGGUGUGUUUUGGCACGCUGUGAAUUUCGAUCCUUGUCAUUUUCCAACCAUAAGAUAUUAUUUCCUCGCUUUGAUAUCGAUCGGCUGUUAUUAGAUUAAACGAAUUAAGAAAGUCUACAGACUCGACAGUCUAACAUUAUCAAUCUUUUUCCUUCACCAGGGAAAGCAAUUGACUGGAGGAUAAAAAGUCAGCAAAAUGACUAUAAAUGAUUGCUACGUCUCACAAAUAUCCGAAAAAUUACUGUCCGUUAGAAUUAGCAACAAAUAAAAGUAAGUUGAAUGCAAGGAAUGAGGCGUUUAAAAGACGAUUGUAAGAGAACAGAAGAAUUCAUAUUAAUAUUUUUCUAGCAAAGCUGAAUUAAGAGAAACAAUCAGUUUUCAUAGGCAGUACAUUGUUUCAUUUUAUGUUCGUUUUGCUACUUGCAGUGAAAGAAGACCAAUGAAUCUUUAUUUUAUGCAAGAAAUUUGUUGAUAAAAUUCCUGGAGCAAAAUAAUUGUCUCUUUUUUUACCUUGUUAUUGGUGGAAAUUUAACAUUAUCGAAUUUUCUUGCAUCUCUGAAUGAAAUAAAUUUGCCAUCGGAUGAAUAUGAUCGUUAUCACUAUGGGUAUCAAUUUAUUCCGAGAAACAAGAGUUUUGUAUACCUGAGAACUUGUAUAUUUCCUGUUUCUAGCUUCUUGCAAAACAAAAAGUGAAGACAAACCACUCUGGGUAUGUGCCAUUGAAACCUUAAACAGCAAUUUUUUUUCCUGGUUUGGUUGAGAC